AUGUCGGUGUUUUGGUAUGGAAUCGAAUACAAAACGGUUCAAGUGAAUGGCCAACGUUUCAUUGGACCACCGGAAAACGUUUCGGAACCGUCGUACGAGUGGGAAAUAUUUGUGAAACAUUUGCCACGGUCUCUCUUCGAGCGUGAGUUAGUGCCAUUUUUCUCGAGCGUCGGAUUCGUGUACCAAAUUCGACUUUUGAUGUGCUUCUCCGGUCUGAACCGUGGCAUUGCGUAUGUGCGUUAUUCGAACGAGCAGGAUUUCCUUCGGGCACUGAAAAUCUUCCAUGAUUUGCCCAUGGGACAGCAUAAACUGUACGCCACCAAGAGCACCAAUUUGAGAACGCUUGUUCUGCUGAAUAUCGAACCGUACAUUACCAAUUCCACCAUUCAGGGAUUCAUUGAAUCAGAAUGUGGCGGUGGAUGUGUAUACAUUGGCUACGGGAAACGCACUCCCCGAAAGAAGUUCGCAAUCAUUCAAUUCAGCUGUCACUACGAAACAGCAUUGGCGCGGCGGAAGCUGAUUCCCUUCGUGACACUUUUCGGUGAUGAUUGCUGCCUGAAAUGGCACAAAAAUUCGAAAGCCCGACUUGAGCGACAGCGCGUCAACGUGAAAGAAGAACAUGUGAUGAAUUACUAG